AUGCCUCCUCCCCCUCCUCCGCCGCCUCCUCCUCCUCCGGGCGGUGGAGGCCCUCCUCCGCCUCCUCCCCCUCCACCCGGGAAUCUUCCGGCGCGACCACCUGGUGGAGGAGCCGGAAGAGGCGCACUUCUCUCAGAUAUCUCCAAGGGAAAGGCUCUGAAGAAGGCCGUUACCAACGAUCGAUCUGCGCCAGUCAUUGGGAAAGUGUCCGGCGGGCCGGGCCCGGCCCCGGUAGGAGGAGCUCCACCUGUUCCCGGCCUACCGAAAGCUCCAGGGGGCCUCGCACCGCCUGUGCCUGGUAACAGAGUAAGGAGCAACAGUGAUCAGGGAAGUCGAGAUGUAUCUGCCGCAGCGCCGAUGGACGCUGCCCCGCAGCUGGCUGGUCUCUUCGCCGGGGGCAUGCCGAAACUCAGAAAGACUGGCGGGGGGGUAGACACUGGAGCGGACCACGCCGCAUCAUAUCUAUCCGAUCCUGAAUCCUCGCGGUCAUCCGCACCGAAACCACCAACAGCCUCUGCUCCGCGACCACCUCCUGGUGCUGCGCCAGCAGUCCCAGGACGUCCGAUGAUACCAGGCUUGGCCAACCACGCAUCAAUAGCGAACCUGAGAAAGACAGCAGUCAACGAGGGGCCGCGGCCUAUGUCGUCAGCUUCAUUGAAGGGCCCGCCCCCUCCAAUAGGGAAGAAGCCGCCUCCACCGCCGGGGUCGCGUAAACCAUCCUCCAACUUAUCAUCCGCUCCUGCUCUGCCAAGCGCCCCGGCACCGCCGCCCCCAUCCUCUGCCGCGCCGUCGUUACCGCCAGCACCUCCUCCUCCACCUCCUUCGUCCGCUCCACGGCUACCUCCGCCACCCGCAAGAUCACAGCAUCCCCCUCCACCGCCACCGGCUGCCGGCGCAGUUUCCCCUAAUAUCGCCGUACAAGCAGCUAUUCGCGCAGCAGCAACGGGAGCAAGCUCCCCGACCUCAGCUCCCCCACCACCGCCUCCCCCGAGCGCUCCCUCGCCGCGAUCGCCUGCCUCCGCUCCGCCACCGCCGCCACCGCCUUCAAGCACCGGACCCGCACGUGCUCAUUCGGGAUCCGUAGGUCGGUCGAUGCUUGACCCCAGUAAUUUCGUGCUCGCGCCAAACGGCAGUGGGAAGAGUCCAAGUCCCACACGGAGUAAUUCGAUGGCGACUCGGGCGAAUGGUGGCGGAGCAGCACGAGGGGAGCGGAUCGUUGUCCAGGAUUCGAGGUGGAAGUUUGUAGAUGAGUCCAUGUUUCCCAAGCCAAGAGAAUUCCAUGGCGGAGCAAGGAGAUAUCGAGCCGGCAGGGGAAGCAGUGUGCCGCUGGACCUGAGCGCUCUGUCUUGA